AUCUGUCAAGAUGCCUACACAAACGAAAUUACGUGUGAAAAAUUGUAAAUAAAAUGUAUCGUAUAUCAACAACCAAUUAUACCAAAAGUUUCACCGAGCAAGAUGGACGCCCACUGCGUGGUCGCUGCAGCCCUGCUCUUCAUCCAAAUGGUAAUAGUUCUCGUCAUGCUGAACCCCGCCUACGACCAACGUAAAAUCACCAACUAUAUUAACGAGAAGAUUGAAAAAUAUAAAGCAAACGUUACUUUAGCAAUCGCUCUUUAUUUUGCUAUAAUUUUAUAUAUUGGCGUGUACAGCCCGAUUCAAAAUAUUAUUAUGUUAAGACUAUGUAAACAUAUAGAUCAGAAUGAAAGAGAGCUUAUAAUGAUCUGCACAGAGAAGAAUUGCAUAAUGACCGGGUUCUCCAUAUUCCUCGCAGUUAUUAUCUAUGGGAUUAUGUGUCUAGUUUCAUACACAGCUAGCUUGGUGGAACAGUCUGACAGACAGAUAGCCCUGCCGCAGCUGAAGCUCCUUAGACCAACCACACUCACAAACGCCAUGAAGAUGAAACGUUCGAUGUCAUACGAGAACAUACUGUUGGCGAGGGACUUACGGGAGCAACUGAGUUUGUUGAUGAAAAAUGUGGGUACUGACAACAGGCCCAAGCCUCCGAAUGUUUUAGACUCCUCGUUUGGGUUGGGUUGAUUGGAAUUAAACACAAGCAUGAGCAUGAUAAUAAUUAUUAAUUUGAAACAAAUUGAAACUACA